AUGUAUUUUUGGAGAGAACGGGACAAAAUUAGGUGGGGCGACAUGUUGCGAGGGUCCUCUUUUCUCCUCUCAAACGCUCUCCACAAUCCUGGUCCAUUUUUGGACGGGGCUCUUCAGAUAAUAAAACUUCAUUUGGCACAUAAGAACGCUGCAGCGGACGGUAACGCAAGGGCAUGUCGUGCCAUCGAGAGUGAAUUCAUGCGAGAAGUUGAAAUGUUUCGUCCAUUUUUUACGAUGUCCUCUUCACUGACUGUGGCAAAACUCUACACAAAGAAACUGCACAGCGCAUUGUCGUAUUUCCGCCUUCAUGACGACCCACUUAUGCGGCAGCUGGACCUCAUUAUCGGAAAGCAGAGCAUGCGCCAUGGUACAAGUGGUCACAACGGUAUUUUUAAGAAUUCAGUUGCGACUAAUUCAAGCGCACUGUCCUUCCUAGAAGAAAGGGAGGAGACUGUGCUCCCGACCGAACUUCCUCAUCCGCCCAAACCGGAUCCUUUGACACCGCCUAGGGAGGGUGCACUUAAAUUGCCUCUGCGCCAUCGUGGGCACUGGGUACUGCGGGAACCGGAGAUUGCCAUCACUCGGGCAGAGCGAAGGAGUGACCCCUGGUGA